AUGUCGGACCCAGCUUUUGAUGCGAAAUCCGCAACGUUUUUGGACUGGUUCAAGGCCUGGCCCGGCGCAACUUUUCAUCCUAACAUCCAGAUCCAAGAUCUACGCGCAAACGGCACCGGGAGAGGAAUUGUUACUACUGCCGACAUCCCUGAAGAUACCGUGCUAUUCUCCAUUCCCAGAUCAGCAAUCAUCAAUACGGAAACUUCUGACCUCCCUAAACGCAUACCCCAAGUUUUUGAGACCACGGGCUUAGAGGAUACAGAUAAUGAGGCCGACGAAGAUGGGAGUGAGACUAGCGGUCCUCCCGAUAACUGGGUCUCACUUAUUCUUAUUAUGAUAUAUGAGUACCUUCAAGGCGACAGAUCUCGAUGGAAGCCCUAUUUUGAUGUGCUUCCUACCCAGUUUGAGACGUUGAUGUGGUGGUCUGACCAGGAGCUGAGCGAGCUGCAAGCAAGCUCAAUUGUCUCCAAGAUCGGCAAAGAUGAAGCUGACGGCAUGUUUCGCACUCGAGUAAUACCGAUAAUCAAUGAGCAUGCCAAUGUGUUCUAUCCGGAAGGAUCUGAGAAGCUUAGCGAGGAUCAAUUGAUGCUCCUCGCUCAUCGUAUGGGUAGUGCCAUAAUGGCGUACGCCUUCGACCUAGAAAAUGAUGACGAAGAGCCUGAGAAUGAUGACGAAUGGGUUGAGGAUAAAGAAGGUACCCUUAUGAUGGGCAUGGUACCAAUGGCUGAUAUCCUAAACGCAGAUGCCGAAUUCAACGCUCAUGUUAAUCAUGGCGAAGACAGCUUGACUGUCACUACCCUGCGACCAAUUCCUGCCGGAUCUGAAGUCCUUAACUAUUAUGGACCUCUAGGGAAUGGCGACCUGUUAAGACGUUAUGGGUACGUGACGAGAAAACACGCCAGAUAUGACGUGACAGAAAUCUCUUGGGACCUGGUAUUAUCUGUACUCAAGGAUACGCUCAGGCUAGACGAAGCUGUCUGGGGUAAAGCGGUCAAUGAAUUAGAUUUGGAGGAGAUUGAAGAUGCUUUUGUCAUCGAACGAGAUUCGGGAGAGCCGAACUCCAAUGGCGAAUUUCAGGACGAACCAGCCUUUAAAGAGCUUCCUUCUGAUCUGGUAGAUCAGCUUCAUACGUUACUCAAAGCGAUUAGGAAGAGUAGCCCAGCUAGCAUUCCCAGCAAGUCGAUACGAGACGAAAUCACAUUGUCGGUUAUACGUCGUGCUCUUGAACUGCGGCUGGCCCAAUAUCCUACAAGUCAAGUAUACGAUUUGGAUUUGUUGUCCAAUAAUAAGAUUUCGGGUCGGCAGAGGAUGGCUGUGACCGUGCGAUGGGGCGAGAAGGUCUUAUUACAGGAAGCUAUCGACUUCGCGCAAGAAAAGCUUCUUAAGGUUAAAUCGGAGGCAGACCCGGAAGCCGAACCAUAUGCGAAAAGGCAAAGAACCAGGUGA